GCCGAAGAUUUACACCAAUUGCUCAAGCCUUUUUAAAAGGGUCCGUCCUGUCCGAUUUACAGCAAAUAUAAAUCGGGGCUCCUUCAACUUCCAAAACUCCCACCGCCGGCGAUGGACGAAUCUUGGGACAUUCCAAUGGGACUAAUAAUCCCACGGCGGCGAUCCACAGAAGACUCUCGCCGGAGGCCGUGGGCUGGUGGCGAGGGGCUGGACCCCAACGACUUCCGCGACGUCUUCGGGGGACCUCCGCGGACCGUUCUCCUCCGGCGAUUCUCCGGCGAAUUCUCUCUCGAGGGGGGGCGGAGGCCAGAAUCUAUCUACGACGAGAUGUUUCGUUCAUCGGAGAGGGGAAUGUCAGCGGCUGGUGGAGAGAGGAGGUUGCCGGGGUUUCGGAUUCCGCCGGCGGCGGAAGGGAGGGUGAAGACGAAGGUAGGGUUUUAUGAUGAUAUAUUUGGAUCGGACGGUUGGAAUCGGAAGCUGAAAUCGCAGUCGAUGGAGAAGUCGAAGCCCUCAGAGUUGAGUCCUACGACGCACUGUUUGGGCGAUGAUGCCAUAUUCUCUACUUUUGCUGCUAAACUCAGGCCAAUAACCAUACCAACUAGGCGACACAACUCCCCACCAUCAACUUUCUCCACAGUAGAGACGUCGGACGACCAAUAUGGUGCAAUAAACCACCCUUGCCUCCCCUCAAGAUCAUGCUUCAUUGCUAGCACCAGUAUGCUCCCACAACACACUCACGCCAACUUCUCUUACUCCUUUUCACCACCGGACACCAUUAAUCUCGAGCCAAGCAUUAGUCAGAAUCAAAAGAAUCGUGCUAGUGAUGGCUUCUUCGAAUCAUCCGACAUUGGCUCACCCUCAUCUGUGAUAUCGUCAGUGUUUCUUGAAACAAUGGGAGCCUUUGGAUUUAAAGCCUACGUGCAGCACCCAAGCUGUGAAAGAGAGGUGGAGAAGAUGGUGAUGGAAGUGGAGGAGAGAAAUAUUGCAGAGAGUCCUUUUGUUAUUGAGAUAGAUAGCCAUGGCACUACAGAGGUUAAUGAGAUCAGUGCAGCUGCUGUGGAUGAGGCCAUUGCAUGGGCCAAGGAGAAGUUUUUCAGCCAUGUAUCGACUGAGGCCAAGAGCACAGAAAACGCUCAAACAGCCCAGAAGCAAAUGGAGCUUGAGGAGAAAAGAGGUCGAGAUAACCAGGAGAAUAAUGCAAAAGUCAACUGAAAUUAAUUUCACCAUAUUCUGUUUGGGUGUCUCUAGCUAUGUACAGAAGAAAGAUAGUCGAUUUGCAAGUAAUCACGCUUGCGAUUUGUUCUUGUUUCCCUGUGUUUUUCUUCUGAAUUUUUUGGCUAUGAAAGGAUUUGAGUUUCAGUUA